AUGAGUCUGAGUGGCCCUCUCAACACCAGCAUGAGUCUUGGUGACCCACUGGGUGCCAACAUAGGUUGUGGUGAUCUGGGUGCCAGCUUCCUCAUGUGUACCAGUCCUCAUGUGAACCAGUCCUCAUGUGCACCAGUCCUCAUGUGUACCAGUCCUCAUGUGUACCAGGCCUCAUGUGUACCAGUCCUCAAGUGCACCAGUCCUCAUGUGUACCAGUCCUCAUGUGUACCAGUCCUCAUGUGUACCAGUCCUCAUGUGCACCAGUCCUCAUGUGUACCAGUCCUCAUGUGUACCAGGCCUCAUGUGUACCAGUCCUCAUGUGCACCAGUCCUCAUGUGUACUAGUCCUCAUGUGUACCAGUCCUCAUGUGUACCAAUCUUCAUGUGUACAAGUCCUCAUGUGUACCAGUCCUCAUGUGUACCAGUCCCCAUGUGUACCAGUCCUCAUGUGUACCAGUCCUCAUUCCUCAUGUGUACCAGUCCCCAUGUGUACAAAUACUCAUGUGUACCAGACCCCAUGUGUACCAGUCCUCAUGUGUACCAGUCCCCAUGUGUACAAAUCCUCAUGUGUACCAGUCCCCAUGUGUACCAGUCCUCAUGUGUACCAGUCCUCAUGUGUAACCAGUCGAUGUGUGCACCAGUACUCAUGUUUACCGGACCCCAUGUGUACCAGUCCUCAUGUGUACCAGUCCUCAUGUGUACCAGUCGAUGUGUGCAUCAGUACUCAUGUUUACCGGCUCCCAUGUGUACCAGUCCUCAUGUGUAUCAGACCUCAUGUGUAUCAGUCGACGUGUACACCAGUACUCAUGUUUACCGGUCCCCAUGUGUACCAGUCCUCAUGUGUUCCAGUCGAUGUGUGCACCAGUACUCAUGUUUACCGGUCCCCAUGUGUACCAGUCUUCAUGUGUACCAGUCGAUGUGUGCACCAGUACUCAUGUUUACCGGUCCCCAUGUGUACCAGUCCUCAUGUGUACCAGUCCUCAUGUGUACCAGUCGACGUUUGCACCAGUCCCCAUGUGUAUCAGUCCCCAUGUGUACCAAUCCUCAUGUGUACCUGUCCCCAUGUGUACCAGACCUCAUGUGUACCAGUCCUCAUGUGUACCAGUCGAUGUGUGUACCAGUACUCAUGUUUACCGGUCCAGUAUGUGCACCAGUACUCAUGUUACCGGUCCCCCAUGUGUACCAGUCCUCAUGUGUACCAGUCCUCAUGUGUGCCAGUCGAUGUAAUGCACCAGUACUCAUGUUUACGGUCUAUGUGCCUGCAGUCCUCAUGUGUACCAGUCGAUGUGUGCACAGUACUCAUGUUUACCGGUCCAUAUGUGUGCCAGUCCUCAUAUGUACUGAUCGACAUGAGCACCAGUACUCAUGUUUACCGGUCCCCAUGUGUAUCAGUCCCCCAUGUGUACCAGUCCCCAUGUGUACCAAUCCUCAUGUGUACCAGUCGACGUGUGCACCAGUCCCCAUGUGUACCAGUCCUCAUGUGUACCAGUCGACGUGUGCACCAGUCCUCAUGUUUACCGGUCCCCAUGUGUACCAGUCCUCAUGUACCAUCCCAUGUGUCCAGUCUCAUGUGUACCAGUCCUCAUGUGUACCAGUCUUCAUGUAA